AUCCCACAUCCCUCCUCCUCCCGACCUUCUCUUCUUCUUCCCCUCCCUUCUAGUACCGGUACGGCCCAUUCUUCUCUCUCUCUCUCCUAGAUAGAUAUCAGGGUAAUCCCUUUUCCAUCGGACACUUCUCGAUAAAAUUAUUUUUAUCCUCCUUCUCUUUCCCACAAAUACCCCGAUCCCGUCUAGUAUAUAAAAUAUGGUUGACCAGAAGGCAGUUUUGAGUUUGUUUCCCCCAUUGGUUAGCCUCGCUUGUCUAUAUGCCCUGUGCUAAUAGAUUUGGGCUUUUUUUAGUUGUUAUCGACGGUUGGGGGAUUUCUCCCUCUGAUAAUCUCCCUGGAGAUGCCAUUUACAAUGCAAAGACCCCAGUAAUGGACUCCUUCCGCGAGAAUGCGGACGGAUACACUACUCUCGAAGCCUCGUCUCUUGCUGUAGGAUUGCCCGAGGGACUAAUGGGUAACAGUGAGGUCGGGCAUUUGAAUAUUGGCGCUGGGCGUGUUGUCUGGCAAGAUGUAAGCAAAAUAAAACACCCUGAAACACCCGGUCAGACUAAAAGAAAAGAAAAGAAAAACUAAUGAAACCCCCAGGUUGUUAGAAUUGACCAGACCAUGAAGAAGGGUGGCUUCCCCGAAACUGAGAACAUCAGGGCUUCAAUGGUGCAUGCAAGGGAGGGGAACGGCCGUCUCCAUCUGUUGGGCUUGGUUUCGGACGGUGGAGUACACUCCCACCAGAACCACCUCUACUCUCUACUUUCAACCGCGAAGGAACUUGGGGUUCCACAUGUUUAUAUUCACAUGUUCGGCGAUGGGCGUGACACAGACCCCAAGAGCAGUGCCAGGUAUCUGCAGGAACUGAUUGAUAAGAUCAGCGAGCUUGGUAUGGAAGAUACUGUCAAGAUUGGGACGAUCGUGGGAAGAUACUACGCUAUGGACAGGGACAAGAGGUAUAGUAGCACAAUAACUAACUCAAAAUAUCAGUGGUUAAGCUAAUUUCUUUAACUCCAGAUGGGAGCGUGUUAAAAUUGCCUUGGAGGGACUCGUCCUAGGUAAAGGUGAAACCUCGAAGGACCCCGUCGCAACCAUCGAAGCCAAAUAUGCGCAUAACGAGACGGAUGAGUUCUUGAAGCCGAUCAUCGUCUCGGGGGAAGAAGCAAGAAUCAAAGGUACGCCAACCAUUAGCACCCCACGUUCACUGUAUCUUAAAUAGCGGGGUUUGUGCUGAUUUCGAAUCAAGAUAACGACACCCUUUUCUUCUUCAACUACCGUUCAGAUCGUGUGCGUGAAAUCACCCAGCUUCUUGGUGUAGACAAUUCUCCUCUUCCCGACUUCCCUUAUCCCAAGAACAUCAAUAUCACUACAAUGACCCAGUACAAGACCGACUAUCCUUUCAACAUCGCUUUCCCACCACAACGCAUGGAUGAUGUCUUGGCUGAGUGGCUGUCCAGGAAAGGGAUCAAGCAGUGCCAUGUUGCCGAGACUGAGAAAUAUGCUCAUGUUAGCUUCCCCGUGCACACCACACCGUAUAUAUCAGCUGAUCAUGUGGGUGGAACAGGUAACUUUCUUCUUCAACGGGGGAGUGGAGCUGCAGUUUGAGAACGAAACCAGAGAUAUGGUUCCUUCCCCGAAAGUCGCUACCUACGAUCAAGACCCCGGGAUGUCAUGUGCCGCGGUUGCUGAGAAGCUCAGUGAACGUAUCGCCGAAGGAAACUUCGAGUUCCUAAUGAACAAUUUUGCGCCUCCGGACAUGGUUGGGCACACCGGUGUCUACCACGCCGCUGUUCAGGCCGUUAGCCACACUGACACCGCGAUCGGUGUUGUUUAUGAAGCAUGCAAAAAACAUGGAUAUAUUCUCUUUAUCACAUCCGACCACGGCAAUGCCGAGGAAAUGUUGAAUGAAGGGGGUACCCCAAAGACCAGUCACACUACCAAUCCAGUACCAUUUAUCAUAGCGAAUGCACCCAAGGGAUGGGGUUUGAAAAAGGAAGAUGGGGUUCUGGGCGAUGUUGCCCCCACUAUCCUAGCCGCGAUGGGUUUGGACCAGAGCGAUCAUAUGAGUGGCCAGAGCCUCUUGAUCAAGUCCUAGUCUAGUUAUCUGCCGGAAUGUAUUUUAGAGUUUUUUUGCAUCUCAGGUGGGCUUAAUAGAAGGUGGGUUAAGUGCACUGGAUAGAGUAUGAUAAAAUAAACUCAAUUCCAAAU